CGAAGCUGAUCGGAGCUGUGGAAGACAGGCUGCUGCAUUAGUUUAUCUUCAUUUAAAGUAGCUUAAUGUGCAAAUUCCUGGCCACUUAUUAAGUGAUACUGGGACUGCCUAGGGUAGCCAACACAAAAAAGAAAGGAAACCAAACCAGUUUGAUGACAAAGCUGCCUGAUCGGAGAUGUGUGCUGCUGUGUAUGUCCUGUCAACGGUAACGGGCUACGUGCUCACCUCCGCCCUGCUGCUGAAAUGCCCGACUCUUUUGCACCGGAAGAAGCGAGAGGCUUUCCUCAGCAAGCACAUAUCCCAUCGUGGAGGAGCAGGUGAAAACCUAGAAAACACCAUGGCGGCUUUCAAGCACGCCGUGGAUCUCGGCACAGACAUGCUGGAGUUGGACUGUCACCUGACCAAAGACGGACAGGUAGUGGUUUCACAUGACUCCAACUUGCAGAGGUCCACCGGCAUCAACGCCUACAUCUCUGACAUGGCCUAUGCUGAGCUCCCUCCAUACCUCUGCAAGCUGGGUGUAACUUUUCAGAGGGAGUGUUUUUGCGAGGGGGGAGAGGACAAACGCAUCCCUCUCCUCAGGGACGUGUUUGAUGCAUUUCCAAAUACCCCUGUCAACAUUGACAUUAAGGUCAACAACGACAUGCUCAUCAAAAAGGUCUCUGAGCUGGUGAUUAAGUACGACAGAGAGCACCUGACUGUCUGGGGCAACGCCAGCAACCAAGUUGUAAAGAAAUGUUACAAAGAGAAUCCGCGCAUUCCAGUGUUGUUCAGCCUCCCCAGAGUUUUGCAGCUGUUGGGCCUUUUCUACACCGGCCUUCUGCCCUUUGUUUCCCUCAAGGAGCAGUUUCUGGAGAUCCCCAUGCCUUCUAUUAUCACUAAACUUAAGGAUCCUAGCAGAUUAACGAGGAGUCAGCGACUCAUCACGUGGCUGGCCGACACUUUACUGAUGAGGAAAGCUCUGUUUCAGCAUCUAACUGCGAGGGGAAUACAGGUCUACAUUUGGGUGCUGAACGACGAGGAGGACUUCCAGAGGGCAUUUGACUUGGGAGCCACGGGAGUUAUGACAGAUUUUCCCACCAGGCUUAAAGACUUCAUGGACAGGAAUGGCAUUUGUAAACCCAAGUGACCUGCCAAAAUCUACCUCACCCACCCCCCACACCAGUGAUUAUCCUUCAGCCUGACCUGCCAAACCGCCCCCCCGCACACACAUGCACCCACUUUCACGCAUUCCAGCAGGGCUGCUCUCGUCGGUAGGGUGCUCCGUCAUGUUUUGCAUCCUGCUCUGCUUUAAGGAAGCAGUUGUUGUACUGAUAACACAGACCUCUGUAUUUUGAACCACAUAAAAUACUCUUAAAGCACAUAUAUAUAUUAUUUUCUCCUUUCAGUUGUGUGAUGUGUAGGUUCUUUGUUUCCUCGCUGCACACCUCAUACACACACAACAGCAUUUUGCAUGCACAAAAUAUUCCAGUUUUUGCCCUUAUUCUGUAAAAGACAAUAUCCCGUCUAAGCUCUUUACACGGCUAAUAACAAUCAAUAAUACACUAAUAUUCCUGUUUACAUGCAGCCGUGCCUACUCUGAUUGACAAACACAGGCUCCCUCUUUCAUUCGUUCAGCCACCUUCUUGAGAAGGUCAGAUAUUCUCGCAUAUAUCCACAUAUCUUAAUCAGAAAAUGCUACAUUCUGAAUAAAGCCUAAUUUUGAACGUCCAAACGGAUUAUGUUGUUUACAUGACCCAUACUAAAUUUGGUCCAUUGUCAUAUUCUGAAUGAUAGAGGAAUAUUAGUAUGCAGUAAGGUUUCUAUCAGCAUGGCACAGCUACUUCAAACCAAACAUUCUUUUUACCUGUACUUAUCAAGUGGGACAGAAUGGCCAUUUUAAUAUAGUGUUUGCAAAUCUAUCCAGUCUUACCAGUUUCACUGAUGCAGACAUUAUUUUAGCUUUUGUAACGCCUUUAAAUAUACAACACUUUGCAGCAUUACUGCAUUGCGGUUGAAGUAUUGUGCUAGUGAACACACCAGCAGAUACACUUUGAUGUUGUAAUGUCAUGUUAAUUUACAAGGAGAUUAAAAUAUUUUGAGGUUCAAUUUUUUUUCCUUUGUCACAAUUUGGUUCAACACAUGCAAUAAUACACUAAUGUGUUGAGAGAUUUUUUUAAUGCGUGCCAGAUGCAGCCAAAAAAGUUAGUAGAGCCACUGCUUCAUAUUUACAUUUCAAAGGCACAUUCAGCUGAACUGUGGACGGCUCUGCUAAUCCACUGUUUUUGUAUGUUGUUCUUUAUGGACAAUGGUUGUACGUUUCAUAGCUGUGUUGUAUGUUUAUGUGUAGCUGCUUAGUCUCUGGAUUUUCCUCUGAAUCAAAUGAAAUGACUGCAGCAUCAUUUGUCUAUUAAUGAAGCUGAGAGAAAAUAUUUUGCACAAAAUAAGAAACUUCAUCUUGUUUGUUUUCAGAGUUGUACAUUUUUCACCCAUGAUGAUGUGAUCGUAGGCAGCAUUGGACUUCAUAUUUAAUAAAUAUGAACAUUUUGAAUAUGUGGGAUUUAAAGUGUAAAUUUUAAAUAUGUAAAAGAAAAAUAAAAAUUAAAUUAAAAAAAUAUAAGCAGUAUAGAAGCACUGAUAUGUAUUGAUUGAUUGCUUCAUUGCACUCACUUGAAAUUGAAAGACUGCAGUUGUUUUGCAAUUCCUUGCUGUGAGUGUCAGAGUGUAAAGAUCAUUAGGAUUAUCAUACCACUGACAUUCUCUAAUCCAAACUUGUGACCACUCAGUGAGGGUCAGUAAUGAAUGUAGUAUUGGUUGAAUGUAUUGUAUGUUGUUCAGUAUUUUACAGUCAUGCCAGUAUUGCUGUUUUAUUUGAAUUGGCUUGUUGUUUUCAUGUGUGAAAUCUGCACAUCUGAUCUAUCUUAUUACAGAUCUUACGUUAAUUACUCUACUCUAGAAUAUGUUGAUUACAUUGCCUGUGCUGUUCUGAGUGUACUUUUUUUUUUGCAUGCCUAAGUGAAUAUUUGUAAAACUGUUGUGUCUGAAUAUGUUGUGAUUUUGACAGAACCACUUUGUGGGACCUGGCUGUUGAGAUCUAUCAAAAUGCCUUAUCCCAUAUGGAUGAAAUUACAUGCAAGUUGAUUCACUG